UUGUGCUCUGUAACAGUCAUGUGACGUGCUAUUUAUAGACUCAUCCGUUGCCCAACACAUGACACAUCCGUGUAUAAAAACAAACCGUCAGUAUCAGUACGGUAACACGAGAGGGCUAUCUACUCGGCACAGCUUUACAUUCGAGGUUUAACCAGUGGAUAGAAGAGAACACUCUUCACAAUGGGAAAUAAUAUAUUUUUACCCUACUCUGGUCACAUCUCCGGUGGAGUCCAUAUUGGAACGGAUGUGGUCAUCAGUGGAAGAACUUUGCCAAGUUUCAACAGGUUUAGUAUCAACCUUUGCUCUGGACCAAACAUAGAUUCCGGUGACGUGGCGUUCCAUUUCAACCCGAGGUUCAACGAUGGCAAGGUGGUCAGGAACCACAAGCAGGGUGGACAGUGGGGCGCCGAGGAGACUCACGGUGGCAUGCCUUUCAGGAGGGGUCACAAUUUUGAACUUCACAUGAAAGUUACCCAUCAUGGCUUCAAAGUAACAGUCAACCACCAUCAUUUCUGUGACUUCAAUUACCGACUUCCCAAAGAAACUAUCAAUUACAUCUACAUUGAAGGGGACGCAACCAUUACAUUCAUCCAGUUCAGGGGAGGUAGCUCGUUUCCCACUCCUUCAUUCAACCCUGUCCCAAGUUAUCAGCCACCUCCGCCUGCUUAUCCCACAGGUCAAGUAUUUCCUCCAGUACCCAGUUUCCCUUCAGCACCAGCUUUCCCUGGACCAGUCGGACCCAUAUACAACCCUCCAGUUCCAUUUACCACACCUAUUCCAGGUGGAUUAUAUCCAGGAAAGAUAAUCUACAUCACAGGUGUACCAUAUCCUAAUCCAUCAAGAUUUACAGUCAACCUGGCCUGUGGACCUUUUGACUCAUCUGAUUUUGCCUUACACUUUGAUGUGCGGUUCAACUUUGGCUCUGACAGAAACCAAGUUGUUAGGACUCACAAGCAGGGAGGCAGCUAUGGCUCUGAAGACAGAUUCCAGAAUUACUUCCCCUUUUUCCCUAGUUCCAAUUUUGAAAUAAUGAUUCUGACAGAGCCCAAUUCAUUCAAGAUUGCCGUAAACAAUCAACACUUUACUGAGUUUUUCCACCGCAUCCAGCCAGUCCAAAGAGUGGAUCACUUGAUGGUCUUAGGAGAUGUCAGCCUGACCCAAGUCCGCUUUCAGUAAAUCUUUAAAAUUGGAAUAUUAUACAAGUUCUGAGCUGCAAUCAAAACAACUUAAGCAGCAGGUCAUUUAUUUUAUUACGUUGUGAUCUUUCCUAGUCACAUUAAAACAAGGCUAAACGCUCAUAGAUUUUAUAGUGUGUAAUUUGCUUUUUUUUUAUAUUGAAGAGAUACUUUUUUAAACUCAAAACCCCUUUGGCUACGCUCAUAGAAUUUUGAGUGUGUAAUUUGCUUUUUUAUAUUGAAGAUGGAGUUUAUCGUAAAUUUUGGAUGGGGUUUUAAAAUCAAAAUCUUCCUCAACUGUGUUAAAAAAAUUUACACACCAUGUUGUACUUUUUAAGAUAAUCCAAAAAAGUAUCAAUGGUUUCUAUGAAUGUAUUUUAAUAUAUUUUAAUUUUAAACAAAAAAAAAAAGAACAAAAAUAUUUUAAAGAUGUAUAUUUUUUUUAACACCAUUGUCUUUUAAAUAAUAUACUUUGAACAAUAUUUUAAAAUGAGAAUUUUUAAUUGCAUUAUGUCAAUUAAUGUUGUGUUUAUUCAAUGUACUCAGUCUGUGUUUUAUAAGACACUUUGUAUCUUGUUGUUUGACAUGUAUGACAAGAAAGAUGAUGAAUUGAAGUUUGGUCAAAGUGUGUUCAUUGGUGCAAAUAAAUCUAUUUUUAACUACUGAAA